CCACUCAACAAUCGCAGAAUCGUUCGUGAACAUUCGUGUGAUAUUCGUUGAUAUUCGGUACACCUUCGAAGUACCGGCGGGUGAUCUAUUAUGGCCGAGUAACAAGCUCGAAUGAGAAAUGAAGCUGCCGAUUGUGCAUGAAGGAGUCGAGUAAUGGCUCAUGACAGAUAUGUAGAGCUUGAAAGGCAUCCUCUCGGUGGAUUUGGCUUUAGUGUUAUCGGUGGAGUUGACACGCAUUUGCCGCCUAUGGUCUGUGCCUUGGUUCAUAAUGGCUCCGCACAACUGACUGGAAAGGUUUUUGCUGGAGACGUCAUUUUGGAGGUUAAUGGUCAACCUAUCACUCAGUUCACCACAAAUCAAGUUGUAGAAAGUAUUCGCAAUACACAGGAUAACUUAAAACUCCGACUGAGGGAUGACCCUGGAACCAGGGAACGUGCUCUACCUUAUCUCCGACCCUUUGCAGUGGCUGAUCCUAAACUAGCAAUCUGUCAAGCAAGACUCAAAAGAUCUGCUUCAGCACCAAAUAAUCCACGCAAUCGUGCUCUUACCGAUCAACUUCCCAGGAAAAACUUCAAGAAGAAAGAAGAGAGAAACAUGCACAAGGCAACAAGCACAAGCACAGAUGACGUCAGAGCUGUGGGUCGCAUGAGUUUGAUAGGAUUAGAGGAGGGUGUUGAUGGCAUUUUUGCGAGAAGAAGGGAUGACCAUAUUGUAGAAAGGGUGAUCACAGACUUUCCUGUGCAUAACAAUAAUCCUUCAAGCAGGACUGAUAAAAUUGCAAGACCGGAAAGUUAUAAAAGGAAGAGUUAUCCCAACGAGGGACGCAGAACUAGUAGGGAGUCUUUACCAAAGAGCUGCAUUAACUGUGGGCAACCCAUUGAUUCUACGAAUGACAUAGACUGCAAAUCUUCAGCUGAAUCGUCUGCCACGGAGUAUUUAACAUGUAGAAAGUGCGGACAUGUUAGGAAAUAUUCUUCUGGUGGAAGCAGCCUUCCUGGGACUCCUUACUCUGAUCAUAGAAAAUUAGAACCCUCUCCUUUUGCACUGCCUUCUAAACAUACAUCUCGAUCACCAACCAAACUUAAUGGAAAUUUAAAUUCUAAACUUGACCAGACACAUGGCAAUGAUGAACUUCUAUCCCCUCCUUCCACAGAAGGUAGUGCAAUUUUAAAUGGAGGAGUAAAAACUGAACAAGUUGAUAGAACAUUUGAGGGAUUACCUCCUGAUUCUGCUGGGCAAGAAUACAAGGACUUACAUUAUGAGGCUCCAUCUUCCUUAGCAAAAAGAUUGUUUAACUUGGAUGGAUUUGGUAGGGAAGAGGUUGCAGCAGAGCUCUGUAAAAAUACAACUUAUGGAAAGUCAGUGGCCACUGAAUACCUAAAGUUCUUUGAUUUUCACAAUGAAAGCCUCACACAAGCACUACAGAAGUUCCUUAAGGCCUUCCACUUAAGUGGAGAAACACAGGAGAGAGAAAGAAUUUUAAUUCCGUUUUCGAAAAGAUAUCAAGAAUGUAACAAUCCUGAGUAUGGCUCAGAAGAUGCAACUCAUACUUUGGUGUGUGCUAUCCUUUUGCUUAACUCUGAUCUCCAUGGUGAGAACAUGCAUAAAAAGAUGACCCAGCCACAGUUCAUAGAGAAUUUGGCAGAAUUGUGUGAUGGAAAGGACUUUCCUAAAGAUUUACUCAAGGCAAUAUACCAGGAAAUCAAAUCAAAACCACUGGAGGGCUUUGGUUUUGCAGAGAGGACACCAACACCAACUCCAUCCAAAAAGACUCUCGUCACAUCUAAUGGCAUGAAGGGAAGUCAUGUAAAUCCAUUUAUAGAGAUUCAAGCUAGUGAUAGUGACAAAGUGUACAAAGAAGGCUUACUGUACAGAAAGGUCACCAUGGGGUUAGAAGGAAAGAAAACGUCAGCUUGGAAAAGAAAAUGGAUGCCAUUUUUUGCAACUCUCAAAGGAAUGAUACUGUUCCUCCAAAAGUCAGAUGAAAUCACCAGCCCAGAACACACAAGGAACUGUUUAGGUGUACACCACUCCUUGGCCAGUCGAGCUACAGAUUACAUCAAACGGCCCUGUGUUUUUAGAUUUGUCACGUCAGACUGGAGAGAGUUCCUUUUUCAAGCAAAGAACCAUCAUGAUAUGAAUGAGUGGAUUGAGGCCAUUAAUCUUGUAGCUGCCACAUACUCAGCUCCCCCCUUACCAGCACCUGUUGGUUCAUGCAAAAAGUUUCAGCGUCCAGUUCUUCCAUUUUCCCGCACUCAGUUGUCACUUGCCAAGCAGGUGGAACAUCAUGAAAAAAAGAGUACAGAAGCAGAAGAGCAACUGAUCCAAAGUUUACAAAGUAAACCAAAGAAUGGCUCAGCAAGAGAACUUGAGGAGUGGCAAGAAAAACAUGAGUUCUUGGAGUAUGAGUAUAAAAGAUACAAGAUGUACGUGAAUGUUCUGAAUGGUUCAAAGCUGGAGAGUAAACUGCGAGAGAAACCCCGUGGCUCUGGCAGCUCAGUCACCUGUGUCUGGUAACAAUAGUGCUGAAGAUGACGAAUCUCUCUCCCUGGACAAGUAAUAGCAUUCAAUCCUACAACUGACCAUUAACCCCAGGGGGGGACUCCCAUCUGAAAAGGUUGGCAAUGCUUGUUCUAACAAAGACCAAUCGGGGUGUGGCUUGAGCUCUGUUUGAUCUAAAAAAUAACACUUAAAAUGGAAUAGGCUCAAUUAUUAGCUGCUGUUCGGGAAAGGACCCAGUGCUAGCAGAUCGGACUCGAGAGACCUGAGGGAAUUGAGCCUAUAAAUGGAAAAAUAGCAUUUCUUUUAUUAUUAUUUCUUAGAGUGCACCCUAAAAGAUAUUUUGACAGCUUACAAUUGUGGCAUUUCGUCACGAACACCAUAAGUGAAACCAGAAUCUGUGAUUUAUAUCCCCAAGUGAGACACUAUACAUCUCCAACCUUUUCGUAUGGGAGUUCCCCAGGGCUGUUAACAGACAGGACAGAUGCUGACUGACAUCACACACUUUCUCGUAAUGCAUGAAUUUAAAGUCUUAGAAUGUGGAUUUUUGAUAACACUCAACGCAGCCCCAGUUUAAUGAACUUGCUUGGUUUUGAGCAUUUUGUUCAUUGCAUUAGAUUUUGGUUAUUAUUUGUGAACCUUUCUUACAUCAAAAUAUAAUUUGUUAUACCAGGUGUCCAUCUGAGAGCAAUGCAACUGUUUUUGUCAGUAAUUUGCCUAAUCAAUAUAAACUGUUGAUCUUGAGCUGUAUCUAGUGAGAUCACUUAUCGUGCUCAAAGCAAGGUGCUGCAAGGUGCAAUGUCAAUGUUCACUUGUCUCAUUUAAAAUUUUCAAUUAGUUUGACAGUUUGGUUUGGACAACAUUAAUUUAUUAUUCUUCCUAAGAAGUCCAGUCAAAAUCUGUUGACAUAACUGUACCACUAGAAUCGUUUUUCAUCAAGUUGUGCAUUCUAUUGGAAUUCAUUAAACUGGGAUUGUGCUGUGAGUUGGAAAGGCAGCUUCCAAGAAGUGGUCAAGUGAUUUUUAAUCUUCUUUGUGGUUCACAAAAUAUAUUGGGUCAAGCUUUCUUAAGAAGACCCAGAAACUUCAUGUAUGACCAAACAAUAGGCCUUUUCUGUUUGGGCGGUUUGUUUUGCCACUAUUACAGACCACGCGAUAUUCUAUAGGGAAUUUUUCUUUUUAUCCAUCAAAAAAUUAUUCAUUCAUAUACAUGUGACUAUUUGAAAAGUUCACUGCAAGAAUUUUUGAGUCUCAUUAAAUGUUCCGGAAUGGGGCAGCCAACUGCCCAAGCUAAAAAGGUCUAUUGAACAUCCUUCAUUCAGGCUUCACUGUCUUAGAAUUCUAUUCAUUUUUUGGAAAUAGCAAGUAAGAGAAGUCAUUGACAGGUGUAUGGUCUGUUAUUUUUGGCUUACAAAAAUUAUUUUUGAACUCCGGUGAGCCUUGAUAGCAAGUAUAUUUCAGGGAGAAAUAGAAAUUUCAUGUGAAUGUGUUGGUCUUUUUAGUAGACCUAGGGAACUUUUUGCAGACAUUAUUUCAAGUGUUUUUUUACAUUGUUAUUUAUUAAAGUUAUAGUGAUGGAAUCUUUACCUUAAACAACUUAGAAUUGUAUUAGAUGUAGUUCUAGCAAUAGAUUUACAGCAUCAUAACGGUUUAAGCUUUAAAGUGCAAUUAAAAAGAGUUGCAAAAUUACUAAAAAAGACAUUCAUGAAAACAG